AAAACACAACAUAUCCAUAAUCAAACCCUUUUUGCUAAACAAUCAAUAUGAAGUUGGCUUCCAGUUCAGCCCUUGGCCUUGCAUGGCUUCUCAUGAUAGCCACGUCAGCCCUAUCCCAAUCCGACAACGCCUCCGUGCUCGACACAAACGGCCGUCCUCUCCAACGUGGCGUUGAGUACUACAUCAAGCCGGCCAUCACCGACUCCGGCGGCCGCUUCACUCUCAUCGACCGUAACAACUCCUGCCCUCUCUACGUCGGCCAAGAAAACACCGACCUUGGGGAGGGCCAGCCGGCGACCUUCUCACCAUACGCCGGAGAAGACAACGUCGUGAAGGUCAACAGGGACUUCACGGUGGUGUUCUCCUCCGCCAUCACCUUAUGUCUCCAAUCAACACAAUGGAAGCUGGGCGAGAGGGACACGACUAGUGGGAGAAGACUUAUCGUGACUGGUUCUAGCAAUGGUGAUCGUGAUUAUACUAUCUAUUUUAGGAUUGUGGAGGCACAGUCCGAAGGAAGCUAUAACAUUCGAUGGUGUCCUACAGAAGUGUGUCCUACUUGUAGGUUUGAUUGUGGGACUAUUGGUGGAUUACGUGAGAAUGGCAAGAUUCUGGCGGCUCUGGAUGGUAAUGUUCUUCCUGUCGUGUUUGAGAGGAGGGAAUAAUCGUCAUUAUUAUUAUAGUUUGUGAAUCGAGUCGUGUAAUGUUCUGAGUUAUUGCUGUUGUUGUUGUUGUUGUUGUUGAUUUAGUAUUUGUAAAGUGGUUAAGGAAUAAAGUUGGGUCAUUGAUUCAUCCUAAUUAGCAGAAUAAGAGGAUGAAAGGGAUAUAUCAUCAUUCAUGUGCUCUUUUAUUGUUAUAUAUAUAAUAAAGCUCCAAUUUGUCCUCCUUUAA